GAUACUCCCUGUUCAGACCCACAGAAGUUCUCAGGAGCAGAGCAGACAUCAGAUGCUUCUUAUGAGCGAGGCCGUGAUGGAGAAAAGAACAGAAACAUCUCAGCAGUCUUCAAGAACUGGACGGGUAACGCGAGAACCAUCGCCUUCUGCUAAAGAGAGGAAAACCAAAGCCCCCAAAUCAGUGAAGCUCCAAGAGCCCCACAAAAGAAAAGAAAAAACAGAAGAGGAAGAAGAAAGAGCUGAAGCCAAAGAGGCUCAGAUCAACUCCAGCAGCACUGUUGUAAAUGUAGACAGUGUGAGGGAACGAAUAAAAGAAGAUCGAGAGGAGUUAUUGGGAUUAUUAGAGACUGAAGGGCCUGGAGAAGCCUUGAAGAAAACAUACCUUGGAGUUUGCGAGCUGCUUCUUAUCGUUUUUGUCCUGUCUGUGGUGAUCUUCUUCUUUCCUAUUUCCAUAUGGUUCUGUGUGAAGAUUGUGAGAGAACAUGAGAGAGCCGUGAAAUUUCGAUUGGGACAUUUACUGCAGAAGAGACCUAGGGGCCCUGGGCUGAUGUUUUAUCUCCCAUUUUUGGAUGUGUGCCAUAUUGUCGACAUUCGUCUGAAAAUACUGAAGAUCCCUCCUCACACGGUGGUGACCAAAGAUCUGGUGUGUACCGAAGUAAGCGCGGUGUGUUACUAUCGUAUCGAGAAUGUGUCUGUGUGUUAUUCCUCCCUUGCCGACAUCCCAGAUGUGCUGCAGGCUUUGGCCCAGGUGUCUGUAAGAGAGGUAUUGGCCCGUCACGCCUUCACUGACAUUUUGCUGGACCGCAAACGCAUGGCCCGGGAGAUUCAGGUCAGUUUAGACUCGGUAACCUGCAGGUGGGGUAUCAAUGUGGAAAGAGCAGAAAUAGAAGAAAUCCACCUUCCACCUGAGCUGCAACGCAACUUUGCUGUGGAGGCCGAAGCGAGACGGCAGGCACAAGUCAAAGUGAUCUCUGCAGAGGGAGAAAAGGCGGCUUGCGAGGCUUUGAAGGCCUCCGUAGAGUCUCUUUCUGGUUCUCCACUGGCUGUGCACCUUCGUCUCCUGCAGCUCCUCAACAAUCUGCGCUCUGAGCAGCCCGCCGUGGUCCUCAACAUACCUUCUGAUGUCCUUACUCAAUCCAUCAACCUCACCAGUUUGACCAGACCUGCCAAUCAAGGUCUGACCGCAGGUGACGGCUCAGAUGAUGCAAACAAAGACUCACCCAUGAUGUAAAGACAGCUGUAAGUGUUUACUUAGGAAGAACACUUACUUAUUUUACCGAUACAGUAUUGACCUUGCACUCUCAUUUUAACCUAACAUACUAAUAAUCUACACUGUUAAAGCUGCAGUAAAUUUUGGUGCUCUAGUGAAAAACAUAUUAUAGGUGUAGUGUAGUGGUUCAGAAGAACCAAAACCAAAAACUGUUUGGAAAGUGGAUUUAUGAUUUACUUGUUUAUUAUCUUAAUUGUAAACAAAAAAAAGUUACAGACUGCAGCAUGUAAUCUUCAGCAAACCUCAUAAUGAAUAAUUAUUUUACGUUAUCUGCAAUACAAUUACACUUCAAAUUCA